GCCCCGUCGGUGCGUUGCGCGGCAUCAUUCGGUACCUCGAAAUUCCAUUCGAAAACGAUCGUUCGCGCCAACACCGACAGAGAGAGAAAGAGAGAAAAGAAUCCGACGUUAGACAUUAAACCCUCGCCACGACGACGCCGUUGACUGUUCUCUUUUCCUCUCUCGCGUUUCAGUCCACGUUAACGAGGGUCGAAACGGAUUCGAACCGAUCGCGAGAGAUCGCCGGGCGAAAAGAGGUGAGAGUCGUGUGAGGUGCGAGAGUCGGUGGUUGCUUGGCGCCUUUGACCAUCGAGCAUCGGGAGAAAGAAGCCCAGCACGCCUCGUGCCGGUCCAACGUUUCCUGAAAAGCCACAUCUCGCAGGAAGAAACAGGCUUGAGCAUCGAUCAAGCGCGUGGUCCUACGCGCUGUUAGCCCGUGGAAGUACGAAACGACCACGGAAUCGAACACAGAUUUGUUUGCCUUCUCGGCGUGGAUUUCAGACACGGAGUGCUGACACAAGAAAGGGGUGCCAUAAUCGAGGGACGCAAUGGCAGUGUUUGGUUUGGUCUCGGCUGUGGCCGGGUUCGUCAAGGUACGAUACCUCGUGGACAAGGCGAUAAUCGAUAACAUGAUCUUCAGGGCCCAUUACAGGAUCACGUCCGCGAUUCUGUUCGCCUGUUGCAUGAUCGUCUCCGCAAACAAUCUGAUAGGCGAUCCGAUAAACUGCCUGAGCGACGGAGCGGUGGCUGAAAACGUGAUAAACACGUACUGCUGGAUCACGUACACCUUCACGCUGCCGAGCAACAACGCGAAGCCCGUGGGUACCCACGUGGCUCAUCCCGGGUUAGGCGGCGACCUCGGCGAGAAGAGGUACCACUCGUAUUAUCAAUGGGUGCCGUUCAUGCUGUUCUUCCAAGGUGUUCUGUUCUACGUACCGCACUGGAUAUGGAAGCAGUGGGAAGAGGGCAAGGUCAGAAUGAUAUCCGAAGGCAUGAGGGGAGUCAUGGUCGAUAACAAGGAGGAACGACAGGCAAAGUCCCAACGACUGGUCAAGUACAUCGCCGACACUAUGCACCUGCACAAUACAUACGCGGCGGGCUACUUCUUCUGCGAGGCUCUCAACUUCGUCAACGUGGUGGGAAACAUAUUCUUCAUCGACUCGUUCCUGGGCGGCGCGUUUCUGACUUAUGGUACCGACGUGCUGAAGUUCAGCAACAUGAAUCAGGAGCAACGCAGCGACCCCAUGGUCGAGGUGUUCCCGCGCGUCACGAAAUGCACCUUCCACAAAUUCGGUGCUUCCGGUACCAUUCAGAAACUGGACGCCCUCUGUGUCCUCGCCCUGAACAUCCUCAACGAGAAGAUUUACAUAUUUCUGUGGUUCUGGUUCAUUCUCCUGGCCGUGCUGACCGGCACCGCUUUGCUCUACAGCAUGGCCAUGGUGCUGCUGCCCAGCACGCGGGAAACGAUACUCAGGAAACGGUUCAAAUUCGGCCCCGCCGCUGGCGUCAACGCCCUCAUCAGAGAAACGCAGGUCGGCGAUUUCCUGUUGCUUCACCUGCUGGGCCAGAACAUGAACAUGAUGAUGUUCAACGAGGUGCUGGACGAGCUGUGCCGUCACAUGCCCCUCGGUUCCGCGAGCGGGGCGUCCCCCACGUCGAUGCCCUCGGCGCCCAGCACCCUCGAGAUGUCGCCCAUCUACCCGGAGAUCGAGAAGUACGCGAAAGACACCGAGAUCUAAUCCCCCACCACUCCCUCAGUGACUCUUUCCAUUCGCCAUUUUUUCUCCCCCCCCUCCUUCCCCUUCCGUAUUGUGAUAACACCGAAGGUGAAUCGCGCACCGUCGGUUUCGCGAGAAAGCUUUUUACGCUAUCGUCGGCCGUCCCGACGCGACGCAUCGUUGAGAAAUGAUACGAACGCACAGUACGUCGAUGCAGAAUUCUUGCCAUUCUUUUGUUCAAUGCUCGUUCUUAUGCCUGGGGUAUCGAUAUAUUUAAUUACCGAAACAACGAUCAACGAUACGCGUAAAGGACCAAAUACCGAUACGAAAGUACCACGCAUUAUAUUCUGCAUCCAUAUGUACCUAAAGUAAAUUUAGCGAACAGGGAGAGGAACGAAAUCCGAAUUCGUUCGUGAUUAUUUACGUCUCGAUGUCUGCGCGUAGUAAUUGGUGCAAUUAUCGUUAGAAAAAAUGUUACGUUAAAUUUCAUUGUAAGAAUUAGAUUCGGGGACACGUCCUAAUUGUCCGCAGCAAUAUUCGUCGAUAGUUUAUCGCGAGAUGUUAGAAUACGUACGGUGGAGACGUUCAACGAUUACAUUCUCGUCGUGUCGUUGAACAUUUUACUGGCGCUUGCUAGUAAAUCCACGUUUCUACUUAAAUUGUAUAAAGAGUCGUACAGUUGAACGUACGUGGCUAUCCGUGAAAGAUUGGAUCCAAAUAUUUUGAUAGAUCAGAACCGUGCGUCUUUGGAUAAUUGAUCGUCGAUGAAAAUGAAAUUUAUUGCAACGCUGAUGACGCGUCCUUAUCAGCGGAGAUGCUCGUUGCUCGCGUUCUAUUUUUUUCCCAGAUUGUUCGAAAGAAUGACACAAUGCUGCCGCUAAGUAUACAAUGACAACCCUACGACAAUAACACUAUGACUAUUUUGUAGUUUUCUUUUUUUUUUUUGUAGUACGUACGAUUCGUUAUAUUAUUAUUAUUACUAUUAGUCGCGUUUCAAGUGAUAUAUUAAGAUAGACUUAGUUUAAGACGAACGAGACGGAUGAUAUAGUUGUAACGAUUGUUCGCAAUAU